UAGUACACGUUGUUACUAGCAAGUUUUCAUGCAUGAUGCAUCUUGGUAUGAGUUUUUCUAACAGAAACAUUUUUCUUUGUCAGGGUUGUGAUGCAUCAAUUCUAAUCGAUGUGUCAAACUCAGCCUCCUUAGAGCCACCAGAGCUGGGGGCAAAAAAGAACUUUGGGAUUAGAAAGAGGGAAUCAAUUAAUCAAAUAAAGUCAAGGAUUGAAGAAGAAUGUCCAGGACAAGUCUCCUGUGCUGACAUUAUAGUGUUGGCUGCUAGAGAGGCAGUGGCUAUUUCUGGGGGUCCAAGAAUAAUAGUUCCUUUAGGUAGGAGAGACUCAAUCUCGGCUUCAAGCUCUGAAGCCGCUGAUGCUUCCCUCCCUUCACCUGAUUUUGGAGUUGAUGACGCUCUAAGCCUUUUUGCCAAGCUUGGGAUGACUACUCGGGAAGCAGUUGCCAUUAUGGGGUCACAUACUUUAGGAGUCACACAUUGCUUAAACAUCAUGGAUCGUUUGUAUAGGCCAUCUGACGCGAGAGGGAGCAACAUGGAUCCUAGAUUUGAAGCACUCUUGAAAUUCAGCUGUCCUGAAAACAUACCCUUUUCUCAAAAGCAGCUGAAGAAAUGAGGCACCUGCUGCCCGUUUCGAGGAUUUACAGAAAUACCUCGAAGGGUCCCACAAUCUCUUCUACGAACAGAUCCAAGGGUGGUUAAUGAGCUCUCGCCCUCCUGCCUAGCGGUUCGGAGCACUGCGGUUGCUUUUAGGAGAAAUCUUCCCCUCUUUUUUUCCGUGUUCGAUACCGCUUAACAAUUUGUACUACAAGAACUCCCUGCAGCGUCGAGGUGUGCUAAGGAUUGAUGCAGAGUUGCCCCUAAACACUCGAACUGCAGGGAUUGUGGAACAAUUUGCAUCUAAUGCCGAUGAUUUCUUUCAAGAAUUUGGUUCUGCUUUUUUAAAGCUCUCAUAUGCAGGAGUGUUAACUGGUAAUCAUGGCAUAAUUAGGAGCAUUUGUAACUUCGUAGACAAUUAAGAACUAAGUAGUCAUGAGUUGCUACCUAGCAGCAUGUACUAUUGUAUUUAUCACUAAUAUGUUGUUAAGUUAUGAUCAUCAUGUUAUGUUAAAAGCUCUGUUGUGUACUUAAAUUUGAUUUUAUGAGAA